AUGCCAGCACUAUCACUCGCGGGUCGCACGGCCUUUAUCACCGGUGGAUCGCGCGGAAUCGGUCUUGAGAUCGGCAAAUCGCUCGCUGCACGCGGUGCCAAUGUCGUGAUCGCAGCCAAGACGGCUACGCCGCACCCCAAGUUGCCGGGUACGAUCUUCACCGCCUGCGACGAGAUCUCCUCGGCUGCCCAGGCGUCGGGCUCUUCGGCGGUUGCUCAUCCUGUUCAGCUCGACAUUCGGGAUGCGACUGCGGUGGAAAAGGCGAUUGACGAUGUGGCGGCCAAGUUUGGCGGGCUCGACAUUGUCGUCAACAACGCGUCGGCGAUCAACAUGGCGCCUACAGUCAAGGCGAGUGUUAAGAGCUAUGAUCUGAUGAAUGGGAUCAAUGCUAGGGGAACGUGGUUGGUUUCGCGAUUUGCGCUGCCGCAUCUGCUCGAGAGUGCUGGCAAGGGCAACAAUCCGCACGUCCUCACGCUCAGUCCACCGCUCAACUUCAACUCGCUCUCCACCACCCCUGGUCCCGGUGGGAAGGAAGCAGCGAUCUUCCCGCAUCAGUUCGCACAGACCGCCGCGGCGUACACCAUCGCCAAGUACGGCAUGUCGCUGCUCACCCUCGGCCUGUCCGCGGAAACGCUCGGCAAGGUGGGCGUCAACUCGCUCUGGCCCUACACAUUGAUCGCAACGUCCGCCAUGAAGAUCGUCAGCAAGGAUGCCGAGGUCGAGGAGAGGAGGUGGAGGAGUCCCACCAUUGUCGCCGAGGCAGCAGCAAGGGUCGUCGAGGAAAACGCGGCGACGUUCAGCGGGCAAUUCUUGGUCGACGAGCUGUAUCUGCGCGAGAAAGGCUUUGGGUUGGAGGACAUUAAGAAGUUCAACGUGGACGAGACGACGGAGCUGGAGAAUCUUGCCGAGGACCUGUACAUCAGCCAGGAGCUCAGGGAUGCAAUCCGGGCGAGCCGGAAGUAG